AUGAGAAGAAAGAAAGCAGAGAAGAUGAUGAGGAAGACAAUAAGUCCAAAGACAGUAACUACAGAUGCAACACAGAAUAAGAAAAAACGUGGCUUAGCUGUAGCUGAAAAAACUCACCCCCAAAAACCACCGGUUCUUAGAAAGGCAUCAACCAGUAGUGAGUCUGCAUAUAACCCGUUCGACGAUACGGACACGGAAGAUACAGAUCAGAUCACUAGCUGUGAUCAAGUAGCACCGACACAGAUUGCAAGGUCUAAGAAGAAAGGAAAAGAUCAUUCACAGUCAACUGAGAAAAAGAGAAAAAGACAUCCAGAUACUUCAGAUGGGGAGGAUGCAAGUGCAAGUUCACAACCAGAAAGUAAAAGGAGAAGAAAAGAAAUUCCGAGUCAGAAAAAGACAAAAACACCACGGGGAUUAGCACUUGCAAAGAAUUCUAAGCCAAAAAAACAACAAACCACACCCAAGGAGAAAAGUUGUGAAGAGGAUAGUUCAGAGGAGAAUCGUUGUGAAGAGAAUAGUUCAGAGAAGAAUAGUUGUGAAGAGAAUAGUUCAGAAGAGAAUAGUUCAGAAGAGAAUAGUUCAGAAGAGAAUAGUUCAGAAGAGAAUAGUUCAGAAGACAAUAGUUCAGGAAGCUCAAUGAUAAUAACUGAUGAUAGUGAUGAAGAAUCAGCUGAACAGGAGGAAAAAAAAGAGUAUUAUUUUGAGAAUGAAGAGAUAAAAGAGUUCAUCAAGGCAUCUGGUCAGGCAGGGAUUUCUAAGGAAGAAAGUUGGGAAAGCCCUAAGAUUCAAGGAAGACAUCAAGCUACUCAGCAAACAGAUUCGGAAAAAAAUCCAAACCAGAAAGACUAA